AUGCCUCUCACACGAUCUAUAUCGCGAUGCGCCUCUAUUCUCCUCCUGCUAUGUCUGGGUCUGGCGCAGGCUCACACGGUCAUCACAUAUCCCGGCUACCGAGGAAACAAUCUCCGCACUAACGGCACAAUCGAGCAAGCUCGUGGUCUCGGUGUCGCAUACGAUGUGAAGAAUGGUUCUUACAUCUACCCCUACGGAAUGCAGUGGAUUUAUCCCUGUGGCGGUAUGCCCACUUCGACCAACCGAACCAAAUGGCCCAUCAACGGUGGUGCUCUUGCCUUCCAGCCGGGUUGGUUCCCGGGUCAUGACACUGCCUUGAUCUAUGUCAACCUUGGGUUCGGCGAGAACCCGCCAAAUAUGAGCCACUCUGUCGUCUCGCCGUUCCAGAUCAGUGGCCCAAGUAGCAACCCUUACCCCGGUACGGUGUGUCUGCCUCAAGUGCCCCUGCCGGCCAAUAUCAGCGUCAGCCCCGGCGAUUACGCUACCAUUCAGAUCAUUGAAACGGCGAAGCAUGGUGCUGCCCUGUACGACUGCGUGGACAUUGAAUUCGCAGAUGAUGGCGACUCGUCUAUCGCGGAGGUGACUCGCGAGAACUGCUUCAAUUCAUCUGACAUAUCUUUCCAGUACAUGUACACUACCAGUGCGAUCGGCUCUGGCGCUACGAUGGUGCAUGCCCCGAAAUUGUCGACUGCAACGCUCUUCCCGCUCUUGUUGGCGGUUGCAUUGGGCGUGUACUUGUAG